UCGUAUUGAGUCAGUAUUCAGUGAGACAGCAGUGAGAGAGGAUCAUGCGGCGGACAAACUUUCUCUCCCAUCAGCCCCACUGCUACCAUCCUCAUCUUCACCACCAACCUAUAAAUCCAACCAAACCCAGUUGAGGAAGAAUGCCAGCGAACAACACCACGUGGUCAACAACAGAGGUGGAGAGGGGCUACACCUGCGUGCGUUUUUACGUGUCCACCGUGUCCUUCUCGGUGCUCCUCUUCUUCAACCUCAUCAUCAACUCGACCAUAGUCCGCGUGAAGCAGCUCCGGAGUCAUGCCCGCUUCGUGCUGGUUUUCCACCUGCUGCUGUCCGCCCUGGUCCACCUGGGGAUGAGCAGCAUCUUCCACUACCAGAUCCACCUGCGCGCGAAGCCGGUGCGCUCCGCGUGCCUGGCUAUGAUCACCAUCCUGAUCAGCAGCGCCUCCAACAUCCUCCUGACGCUCACGCUGAUGGCUUUGGACCGCUACUGCGCCGUGUGCCAUCCGAUGCGUUACGCAUCCAAAUGCACCGCGGGGCACUGGCCCUGGCUGCUGGGUGUGCUCACCUGGUUCCUGGCUUUGGUGAUUCCCCUCAGUCUGCUCCUCCAACGGGACUCCCAAACCCCCGUGGUGGAUCGCGGGGAGUGCGGCUCGGAUCAGCUGAAGAAAGGCGAGUUACAGAAAGUGCUGUUCAUAGGUCUGUGCACGGUGCUCAUCCUGUACAGCUACGUGAGGAUACUGGUGGAGGGGAGGCGGUUAGGGGUGCUGAAUCGGCGCAACCGGGCCGGGUGCAGGACGAUCGCCCUGCACUGCAGCCAGCUGGCCGUGUACAUCCUCCCCAACUUUGUGAACUUCGUGCUUACGAUGAUGUACAAACGGGAGCUGAUUCAGCGAGAGACCAAAGAGCUGUCAGCCGUGGUUAUAUUCGCUUUCUUCAGCUUGGCGCAGUGCGUUGCGCCGGUUGUUUACGGCCUGCGCAAAGAGGAACUUCUGGAGCAGUUGAGUCACAGGUUCCCCUGCUGCUCCAGAUACCUAAAGAGUGUCCUCGGCUGGACUGUGCACGUCAACUGGGCACAAACCUACCACAAAACACGGGAGCGAACAAUGACAGCUCAGACGAUCAUCUCCCUAGAGCUCCCGCAAGUCCCAGAAAAGGAGGAAACAAGGCCAAUGUCAAUCACGAGUUCCUCACAUGACUUAGACUUAGACUCAUGUCAAAGCGAUACGGACAAUGCCUGAUGGGAAAAAGCGGGUAAAUGACAGGAUACUGACGGCCACAGGAACAUUUGGAUAAGUGGCUGGUGUUCUCAGCUCACACCUGAAAGGAACUAAAGAGCCUCGGACGUAAUAAUCCAGAUCUAUAAAGCUGUCUUCCUCAGAGGACGUCAACACCUGGUUGUGCAUCAUUGUCGGGACAUCAGUGUGUUUCUAUUCUGCUCUAUUUAAAGUCAGAGGAGCAAACAGUGAAGCUGCUCAAUGGAUUUAAGCCUCAAGUGUUGAGGUCACACGCACACUUUAACAGCCCUGCAUCAUUUGGGAUUAAAUUCGCUGGGAUGGAGGAUUUACUUAAACAUAUCGUCUGGUGAAUGUUGUUUCCAUGUGUUCUCAAACUUGUGGAUAUUAAAAAAUGUGAGUUUAAUGGUCUUGAUCCAUUUGAAUGUUUCCAGCACCCUUGAGAUUAGGAGAGGGAACAAAUAUACGAAGACAGUAACCAACAUUCAAUGUGCUCAACUCUCUUGUCGGGGGUUAGAUGAGAGGAUUGAUAUCUCUCUUGUAUCUGUUCAAUAAAAGGUGCGGAUGUAGAUAA